CACGGUUUAGGGAGGACCUGUCUGUCGCUCCCCCUCUGUCGUAUUUCCCCUCAAAGCCAUCUUAUUGUAACCGCUCUACCUGCCUGCCUACCCGUGUGGCACGCAGUCGCACCGUCCGUCGGUGUUGUUAAAAACGUCGGGGAAACUGGGCUCAGUGAAAACUGCGGCUUAGUUAACUUUUGUUUUCGAAUUUUCUUUUUAUUUAUUUUGUGUGUGACCUCGCCUCUUCGACAGAGGGCUAGUGAAAUAUUUAAGCAACUUCGAUUGGUGCCUCUGAAUAAAUGAUCAGGUUUAGCUGUUUGGGACGGGAAAAAAAUCUAAUAAUUCUACGUAAGUCUUAAUUUUAAAAAAAAUGGGUGGUAGAAUAAAAGCGAGAUGAAAGGACGCAACAUAAACAUCAUCUAAAAGAAAUAGCACCUAAAGGAAGUUUAGAUUUAAGGAAUCAACACUAAAAAAAGCGAUGUUGAAAACCAAACUUAAUAAAACCAAAAUGAUAAUGAUGGAAUUAAAAUAGUUGGAGGAAUAUUUUCGCGUCACUAAGGAAGUUUGCGCCAUGACAUCGAGAGGCUGUGCGUAGUUGUGUAAGCGAGAUCAGAUAAAAAUUAAAGUUAAAGAAACGAAGAAAAUACAAAAGAGAAAAUACGAGGAAAUUCAUUUCUCAACCUCCCACAGUAACGUUGGAAACACGAUGAUGAUGAUGCCUAGUGCGUAUAAAAAGUAAAAAAAAAAAAAAAAAGUAAAAGAAAAAGUUAUAUUCAUUUAUUCUUUCGGAUUUAUGUAAAAAAAAAAAAAAUCGAAGGAUGUCGACGGAGGAAUGCAAGAAUUAGCGGGAAUAAGGAUUUGAAAGCAGGACCUUUUCUUCAAGAAGGAGCUUUUUCACUCUUAUAUUAAGAUGGCAUGGCAAUUCACGAGACGGCUGGACCUGCGCCUCUGUUUGUGGGCGUGGCUGUGGGCGUGUUGUAUCCUCCGUGGGGUCGUAGGUCAGCUGUCGCCCUGUCCCUUCAACAACAUGUGCAGGUGCAACUAUGCCCCUGAGGGCACGAACGCCGCUCUAUCCGUCGGGCACAUUGUCUCUGAGCCAAUCACCGAAGUGGUCUGUUCCGGGGUCCCUUUUGCAAAGCUGCCAGCCGUCCCACCUGGGUUGCUGCUUCACAUGGACAUCCUGAAUUCGGGGCUGGCAGUCAUCAGCAACGGAGACAUAGUUGACGUGAAGGUCGAAAGUCUUCGAGUGAUGAACAGCAAAUUGCGCUCUAUUGGAGACAAGGCUUUGAUAGGAAUGGCACAGCAUCUCAGAUCGCUGGACCUUAGUGACAACUUAUUAGCCAAAGUACCCAAAGAUGCCCUAAAGCCCUUGAAGACUUUGGAAUGGUUAAGCCUUAGCGGGAACCAAAUAGUCGACCUCGUCAGGGAGGACUGGGUACCGCAGAGGGAGACACUGAUAUCCGUCUACCUGGGUAAUAACGACAUCGACAAGGUGCCCCAGAACGUCUUUGCCGACUGGGACAGGUUGGUGUGGUUGGACCUUAAGAAGAACAAUAUUCUGUUCCUCCCUCCGAACUCCCUGGCCAGGACCAUACGAACUCUUGACUUGAACCACAACCUCCUCACUGAUUUCCCGAAGGAAGCCGUGAGCAACAUCGAGCACCUCUCCUGGCUCUUCCUGAGAGGCAACCUCAUCGACAGACUGCCGGACACAGGAUUCCCCGCACCCAAGAUGCUCGACCAGCUGGAUUUCGGCGAGAAUUUCAUUCAGUUCAUCCCGACCAAUCUCUUCAACAAUUCUCUGACAGCUAGAGAUUUGUACUUGGAUUUCAACCUCCUGACUGAAAUCACAGAUGAAGCAUUCAAGGGCGUCAACCCGGGUCGUCUCUUCCUGACAGCGAACAACAUCUGCAACAUCACGGACCAUGCCUUCCUGGGAGGCCCCGAGCACUCCCUCAUCCUCAUUAACAUAGAAAAAAACCGUCUGGAGGGAAUACCAAAGGCCUUCUCCUACUUGCAGAAGCUUCGGUUCUUCCACAUCCACGACAACAGAAUAGCUAAGAUCCAUGACGACGCCUUCAGGAACAUCUGUGAUACCCUUGGAUCGCUUGGGUUGUCUGGAAAUCAGCUCAAAGCAGUGCCAAGAGAUGCCUUGGAAAAUUGCACAAAUAUAUUUCACUUGAACAUAGGCUACAAUCAAAUAACGGAAAUAAGCGAAGAGGAUUUCGAAACUUGGGGUGACAGUUUAAGCACCUUGAUACUUAGAGGCAACAAGCUGUACAGUAUUCCGCCUCAUGUGUUCAGAUAUACACCUAAACUACAUGAACUCAGCCUCUCUUUCAACCGAAUUGUUGAUAUCACGCCUGAAUCCUUCAUCGAUGUCUUAGACACGCUAGAAAUUCUUGAGAUCAGUUUUGGCUUCUACAGAGAUGAAUUUCCAGAGACCAUACUGAAGCCCUUGACUUCACUUACCUGGAUUGCUCUAGACAAUAACAAUAUUAGAACCAUAUCAGAAACGGCUCUUUAUUCUUUUGGUAAGCUUCGCUACUUUAACAUGGAGUCGAACCGUCUCACUUACAUUCCAAAAACACUGUUCCAUCAGAAUGUACAUAAAGAGCUUAUAGACAUCAGAAUUGGCCUCAACUUUAUAGAACGGCUAGAAUAUGAAACCUUUCAUAAUUUAGAUAAGCUUAGGACUAUUGUGCUCACAGGUAACAGAAUAAGAACUGUCCACAAUGAAGCUUUCAAAUUCUUACCUAAACUUAAGACUGUACUGUUAGCCAACAACUUCAUUGACAAAAUAGAGCCCAGAGCUUUCUGCGACUUGCCCAGUCUAAUGGAGCUUCAGCUGCAGCACAAUAAAUUGAAGGAGUUGAACUUGCUCUCGUUCUACAAUGUCACAAGCAACUCGAGUCUCCUCUCCCUGAACAUAUCUUUCAAUGAGAUUGCAGAACUAGGCGUAUCAUCUGGAAUCCCUCCACAAGUCAAAACCCUUGACGCCAGCCAUAACAAAUUAAUAGAAGUGCCUAUUAACUUUUUACAAGCCUUGAAGUUUAACCUGGAAAGCCUCAACCUGGGAUACAAUCUCAUCAAGAAACUCGACAGCAGUGCCUUCGGAGAUAUCACCCAGCUACAAAUGCUAAUCCUUGAACACAAUGGCAUUGAGAAAAUACGUCCAAGAGCAUUCUCACCUCUGAGCAAAGUACAAGUCCUGGAUUUGAAUCACAAUCAUCUUGUCAACCUGCCACCAGAAUGCUUUAGUGAUACCACUACCUUGAGAAUUCUCGAUUUGUCUUACAACCACCUCCGUUCCUUGCCUAACUCGGUGUUCCGUGGAACCAUGCUAGAAACACUUCGGUUGUCUCACAACGAGUUUGUCUCGAUGCCCACAGCUGGCUUUGCUGAAGUUGAGAAUACUCUGCACUACCUAGAUGUCUCCCACAACCAUCUGGAGCACCUAGACAGCACCAUGUUCUACAGCUUUCCCAAGCUCUUCGAACUGAACCUAGCCAACAACCGCUUGUCGAUCCUCCCUGAUAACGUCUUCGUUAGCUUGACCAACCUCAUAAGCCUAGACCUAAGCGGUAACCCCGUCCGCGCCAACUUCAAGGAGUUGUUCCACUACACUCAAAACGUCCAGACACUCAAUUUGGCUAACAUUGGCUUCUCGUCGUCCCCUAACAUACCCUUGCCGAAUCUAGUGACCUUGAAUUUGUCGUCAAAUUCCAUAUCGGAGAUUGAGGUUCAGUCGAUCGAGACUCUACACGAGCUGCGUUCUCUGGAUCUGUCGCACAACAAGCUGACACAGGUCAGGUCGCGCCUGUGGACUCGCAUGCCUCAUCUCAAGUACCUAGAUUUGUCCUUCAAUCCCAUGCGAUCACUGACCAAGGACAGUUUUGGAGGAGCUUCGAGGAUUGAGACUCUCGUCCUGAGGAACCUCGACGACAUUACCAGAUUCGAUUACGACGCCCUCUCUCACAUGACCUUCCUGAGGGAGCUCUACAUGAACACAUUCCCCAGCAUUGAAAAGUACAGAUUCCGCGUCGGCCACUUAUUGGCCACAGUUCACACACUACAGAAGCUUCACCUGGAGGUCCGAGAAGAGUCCCUGACCGACCAAAUCAUGGGGGCCUUCGGUCCCAAGCUGAAGGAACUCCACAUCACGGGACAAAACCUGAAGGACAUCGAUUCCAAGACGUUCAGGGGAUUCCAAAACAGACAUAUGCUGCAGCUGUCCAUCACGGACACGUCCGUCACGUCCUUACCAGAUGGCCUCCUGACCCACGUGUCGGACGUCGCCUUCCUGUCCCUGGACUUACGAAGGAAUAAGCUGAAGUUCCUGAACCCUCACGUUCUGUACCAGAACGGCUCCGACUGGGAGAGCAAAGGAACGCUCUUCGUCCGAGGUGGCAUUGCCCUGGAGGGAAACGAUUGGACCUGCGAGUGUUCCCUCGUUUGGCUUGGUCGUUGGCUCAGGAGAUGGUUGCGAGAAACACUACAGAUUCACACAGCGAUGGUCAAGGGUGCCCAGGAGGUACAAUCCAAAGUCCGCGCGGCCACCUGCUACGAUCCCCGGAGGGGGCAGCACCUGCCCUUGCUGGAACUCCACUCGGAGGACCUCGGGUGCCACGCAUCGGCCCUGAGCGACUCCGGGCUCGCGUCUUCGACGGCGACUCCGAAAGCCUUCAUUCUGGGUCUGGCGGCGCUGGUGCUUUUGGCCCCGAUGGUCGUCCAGCAACUGCUCGGGUCCUGAUAGAAAGACGUUUAUAUAUAAGAAAAAAAAAACCUCUGCCGAGAUAAUUUUUUGGUGUCUAAAGGAGAAGAAGAAGAUGAUGAGAAAUGUUAUUAAAUGAUUUUUUUUUUCAAAGAACUGUUCGUCAUUAAAUGGUUUAUAAACAACUCUAUAUAUAUAUAGGUUUAGGACGCUUCGCGAAGAAGUGUUGGCUGGAGUGAGAUUUCGCGGCCUGGCCCUGUUCCUCCUAACGGGUGGUGAGAGAGAGAUAGAAAGGGGGAGAGAGAGAGAGAAAAAGAGAGUUUCGAUGAAAAAAAAAACGGUGCAUAAGGCCUCACAAUUUGGGAAGGAAGGAUAAUGUUUUAUCUGUAGAUACUGAAAUAUAUAUUAUUUAUAUGAUAAUAUAUAAAUACUCUUUUUCCCCUCUCGUUCCUUUAAUUAAGGAGACUUGGAAAUAAACAGCAAUAAGAGAUAAGGUGCACUUUAUAUUUUGUAAUAUCUCCAGCACAAAUAUGUUUAAUAAGGAAAGUUCAUUCGCUGGACUGCUGAUGCAAUGACGGACGAGUGAGCAUCAAGAUUGGAAAAUAAUAAAAUAAAUGAAAAAAAAAAUACGGGUUCAAGCAAUAGAAUUGGAAUGAUCAAACCUCUGCAUAGUGUGACCUCAGUUUAAAAAAUAAAAAGGGAUAAGAAAUAAAAUGUAUGAGCCAAUUGCAGUGGCGAGAGGUGAAUUAAAAUAGAAAAUAAGAAUAACACUUAUCCUUCUGCUAAGUGCCACUAGAUAUAAUAUAUACAUAUAUAUAUAUAUAUAUAUAUAUAUAUACAUAUAUAUAUAUAUAUAUAUAUAUAUAUAUAUAUAUAUAUAUAUAUAUAUAUAUAUAUAUAUAUAUAUAUAUAUAUAUAUAUAUAUAUAUAUAAAUCGAUGAACAACUUUUUCAAACCAGUUCCUUCCCAGUGCUUCUGAGACAGACUGUUAUUGCUUGUAAUUUCCGCUUGCAAAGAAUAUUAUAAUAGUUUGUACAAAACAAAAAACAUUAUGAGAAUAAGCGAAUGUGUCACCUGACCAGGAAGCGUCUCUUAUCUUUGGAGACAAAAUUUGAUUCGCUGAAACAGAAACAAAAACAGUUAAAGAAAAUCGACGCGUUAGAACGUGAGACAGACUGAUGUUGGGUCUCCCCUUGACCUCAGGUUGGUGACCUGACCCGACAUCAAGCUUCGACCAGAGUCGCAGGAUUGAAAAGGUGAUCAUUGAAUCACUCUAACUCGACUAAGAAGUGAUGGUAAUGACAGUGAUAAAAAAAAUAAGUGAGCUAAGAAUCACAAGUGUAAAGGCCUAAUACAACCACUUUCUUUAAUCUGUGUGAAAUCACUUUAAAAAAAAAAACCUAAGCUAUCUCUCGUUCGUUGACACAAGUAGUAGUUUUUUUGUUGUUGUUGUUCCCGUUGUUGUUAAAGAAACAAGACUAUCAGUGAUUUUUUUUUCUUUUGACAUUCGUAGAACAUUUUUUUUUUCUUUUUGGCAAACUUUCUUUGUCGAGUAGGAAUCGUGAAGGUAGAAGAGAAGAAAACAUAACUUUCAAAUCUUUUUGACCAAUAUCUGCACAACUUCCGUAGUUAGAAACGAAUGUAUACUUAGAGUUUCCUUUCAUUUGUUUCGUUCCAGUUUCAGAUGGGGCUGUUUCAUCAAGAUAUUUUCGUAAUUCCGUUUUAUCUCUUUUUUUUAAUACUAGGUUUUUUAGACGAAACCGUCUUAAUGUCGAAAUUAUGCCAAGUUACAGAAAGCAGUUUGAUUUUUUUUUUUUAAAUGGUAAAUUCACAUCUUCUAUUGGUAAACAAUUCAUGAGGGCAGAAGGGAAUUCUCUAUCACUAUUCGUUUGAGCGACUUUUUAUUUUAUUUCUCGAAAUUUCGCUGAAGACACGUAAAGUUUCUAUACAGAAAGUAAAUUUUUUUAUAACAUAAAAUAAAAAUUAAAUAUAAAUCAUGCAUUGGCAAACAAUUUGAGCGGGGUUAGGGGAAAUCAUCACUAUUUUCGUUUUGAACGAAUGUUUAUUCUUAUUUCUCUCAAAAUUCGCUGAAGAUACGUAGAGCGUUUCUAUACUAUUAGCGAGCACGUAAACCAAAUGUACAGUUUCCGACAAGGAAAGAUUUCAUGACACUCUAGUAGGAAGCACAUAACUCUAUUUUUCAUCUUUAUAAUUGUAACCGCUGGCGAAUGUUUUGCCAAAACCUCCGUAGGAAUAAAUGACUUUUCAAUUAUCAUUGAUUCAAAAAAGCAAAUAAAGAAAAUACGAAACAUAUGUCGCUGACGAAGAAGAUGAAAUCGGUAAUAAGGUUCUCGGAGACGUCACAGGAAUUCGGGCAUAAAUAUGCAAUCUUAAAAAGGAAAAUGAUUAUCUUUCAAAAACUAUACGUGGGAAACGUAUCCUUGGAAAUAUCUUCAAAAAUAAAAAAACUCCAAAAAAUAAACUCUCCACGAGAUAUAGAUUUGAUCUUCUUCUUCCGAAAGACUAUAGUAGAAAAAAAAAAAAUAUAUAAAUUCUCCUGGCUGUAAUUUGGGAAUCAAGCUAACUGCCGCUGACUUCUUUUUUUAAAUUAGAUGAACCGCUUCACUUAACACUAUUGGCAUCUAAGAAGGAGCAAUCAGUAUCCUGUACUGGGUAUCAUUCUCUCUUUUUCUAGCAGCUUCUCGUACAAUCAUAUAUAAUUUAAAAAAAAAAAGACGAACACAAUAUCAUCUGUCACAUUCAGGGAAUCCGUGAAUAUCAAGGAGCUUAUUUCACUCGUUAGUUAAGAUGACGCAACGGCUAUAAUGAAAAUGGACCUUGUUUUUGUAUUUAAGUGAAGGUGACAUCAUUCUUAAAACACUUUAUUUAUAAUGAUCACUGUAUUUUCUAUCAUUUCCUCUAAUUCUUCAAGAGGCGUCGCCUCAGUUCUUGUUUUUUUUUUUCCAAUUCUCUCCUUAAGUUUCUUUAUUACUUGUUCUAUUUCUAUCUUUUCCUCUCAUUUAUUCACAUUCCUUUUCUGUCUACGCCGAUUCCUCCUUCUGUUUCCCGUCAGUCUAACUCUACCGUCUUUUUUCAUAUCGUCGCCUUCUUCCUUCCAAGCUUCAUCCUUCCAAGCUUUCAUCCU